UGUAAUACCGGCUGGUACGGGGCAGAUUGCAGUAUUCCAUCUGUUUUAUCAUCCAUUACAGAAUGGCCCCAAUGGCUUCGACCAGCUCAGGUAAGUGUUCCUGAAAAUGCACGUGUCACGGAGAAUCCUCUCUAUCUCGAUGCUGUGGCGGAAAAGAAAAGACCCCUCAUCUAUGUUUAUGAUUUGCCACCAGAGUUUAACAGUCUACUCCUGGAGGGACGGCAUUAUAAGCUUGAGUGUGUAAACAGAAUCUAUGAUGACAGGAAUGCUACAAUAUGGACAGAUCAGCUGUAUGGUGCACAGAUGGCUAUCUAUGAAAGUAUAUUAGCUAGCCCUUAUCGAACAUUAAAUGGUGAAGAAGCUGAUUAUUUCUUCGUUCCAGUUCUUGAUUCGUGCAUUAUAACUCGUGCUGAUGAUGCCCCCCACUUGAGCAUGCAGGAUUUUGCCUAUGUUAUUGUGGCUUUAUCACUUAUCAAAAGCCAAAUCAAAGCCUAA